AUGGGUAAUACGUGGAAGGGUAUUAGCGAAGCUGAGCUACAAGAAACUGAGAGGAAAGUCCUCUCUUACAGUGGAUUGGAUUAUGACAACAUCUUCAUUGAAAAUGUGGUUGUUGAUGAUUUCGGUAACUACGCUCGGACCAUUCACAUUGGUGAUAGGUCUAAAAUUAAACUAGUCAUGUUCCAUGGGUAUGGAGCAUCAGGUAUAAUUUUCUACAAAAUUCUGAAACCUCUCUCUGAAAAGUUUCAUGUGAUUCUGGUUGAUAUCCUCGGAAUGGGGGCAAGUAGUCGACCCGAAUUUACAGCAAAAGACGCAGUUGAGGGCGAUUAAUUUUUUGUUGACUUCAUAGAAAACUGGAGAAUAGCAAUGGGUGACCUUAAGGAUUUUUACCUAGCUGGUCAUUCAUUUGGUGGAUAUAUUUGCGGACACUAUGCUUCCAGAUAUCCUUAAAAUAUCAGAAAGUUAUUAAUGCUAAGCGCAGUUGGAGUGCCUGAAAAGCCAAAUGAUUUUGAUAUCACAAAAAAAUAGUUUAAAAAGGGACAAGGCCCUCCAAAAUGGGUUAGAGGUUUGGCAGGGACAGUCUGGAGAUAAAAAUGGUCUCCUUUUGGAGUAAUGAGAAAAUCUGGGUCAUUAUUAGGGAAGAGAAUCAUAAAAGGAUAUCUAGGCAAGAGAAUGGGAAUGCUUCCUCCAGAAGAAUUCGAUGCAAUGCUUAACUAUAUGCACCAGAUAUUUAUGAAGGAGGGUUCGUCAGAAUAUGCAAUAUUUAUUUGUUUUCAUCUAGGCAUGUAUGCAAUAAAUCCUCUCGAAGCUGAAGAACGUCUUGGAAACAAAAAUUUAAAUCUGCCUAUGAGCUUUUGGUACGGAGAUAGAGAUUGGAUGGAUGUAGAGCCUGGAUAAAAAAUUGUAGAGAAUAGCAAGUACGGCUCAAAGCUAAACUUUGUUUACGUCGUAAAUGACUCUGAUCAUCAUAUGUAUAUGGACAAUCCAGAGGAAUUUGCUAGGUAAAUCAUUUAUGACAUCGAAUACACAGAGGAUAGACUCCAUUUAUUGAUACCUCAUGAUCCAUAGAGCGAAACCUAACUUAUCAAUAACUAAGAAGAAGAAUCUAAGCAGAACUUUGAUUCACAGACCCAAGCAUGA